AUUACAACAGCUAUAGAUAGAGUGUAACGGUGAGCGAAGCAAGCUGUUAGCUGGGAAGAACAGACAUCGAGAUGGCCACUGCUGGGAAAGUGAUUAAAUGCAAGGCAGCUAUAGCCUGGGGGCCCAAGCAACCCCUCACCAUCGAGGACAUUGAAGUUGCUCCACCAAAGGCUCAUGAAGUUCGUGUAAAGAUUGUGGCAACCGGCAUUUGUCGUUCUGAUGACCAUGUUCUAAGUGGAGCAAUAAGUGACAUGAAGUUCCCAGCAAUUCUGGGGCAUGAAGGUGCUGGUAUAGUGGAAAGUGUGGGAGAGGGAGUGAAAAAUAUAAAACCAGGAGACAAAGUUAUCCCACUUUUUGUUCCACAAUGUGGAGAAUGCAGGUCCUGCACUAAUUCGAGGAGCAACCUAUGUGACAAACAUGAUAUUGGACCAUACAUUGGACUCUUGUUGGACAAAACCAGUAGAAUUACAUGCAACGGGAAACCAGUUUACAAUUUCUUAAGCACCAGCACCUUUACCGAAUACACUGUAUUGGAUGAAAUAUGUGUGGCUAAGAUUGAUGACAAUGCUCCUCUCGAUAAAGUGUGCUUGAUCGGUUGUGGAUUUUCUACCGGUUACGGCUCUGCUGUGAAAACUGCUAAGGUUGAACCAGGAUCCUCAUGUGCUGUGUUUGGCCUGGGUGGUGUUGGUCUGUCUGUGCUUAUUGGAUGUAAAGUAGCAGGUGCUGCGAAAAUCAUUGGAGUGGAUACAAACCCUGAUAAGUUUGCCAAGGCGAAGGAAUUAGGAGCCACUGAAUGCAUCAACCCAAAUGAUUACAAGGAACCUAUCCACGAAGUGCUGGCAAAGAUGUCUGAUGGGGGACUAGACUAUACCUUUGAAUGCAUCGGAAACACCAAAGUCAUGGUCAAAAAAUGUGGCUACGCGCUCUAUCUUUGUGCCUUACUCAAACGAAGCACCCUGACACCCCUAUAUGGAACAACCAUUUACUCAAAGAAUUCCACAACAUAGAAUCCGCAGGGCCAUGGUCUAGCAAAGGAAUAUCGACUAUUGCUCACAUUAUUUCUGACAAUUCGCUCAAGCCGUUUGUCGUACUCCAACAGGAGUUCGGAAUUUCGGAAUCUUCCUGGUUACUGUAUGAGCAGGUUAAACACGCAUUCCUUGCUGAUCCCUUUAAGUUGGGUAAACCCCCCUUUUGUAGAAUAUUAGAGUUGCUAGACAACCAACACUUAAUUUCCAACUUAUACGACGUGCUGAGAUUUUGUAAACAUGAUAGACUUAGUCCCAAUCUACUUGCUAUCUGGCAGCAAGAUAUUCCCACAUUGACAGCCGAGGAAUGGCAGGAUGCUCUGGAAGCCCCUAGAUUUGUCUCGCCAAAUGCUGAUCAUAAAAUGAUUCAGAGAUACAUAAUUCAUAGAGCCUACUUCACACCGGUGCGGCUGAACAGAAUGAAUACACAGCAUCCACCAACUUGCACCCGGUGCAGGGUAAAUACCGGCUCUUUUAUACACAUGUUGUGGGAAUGCCCCAGCCUGACUCUUUAUUGGCGUGAGGUUUUCAAUACUAUUUCGAAUGCAGUAUCAGUGGAAAUACGGCCCACCCCAGCACUGGCUAUACUAAACAUAGGCGAAAGCUUCCAAUACAACAAAUAUCAAUUGAUUACAAUUAGGCAAAGUCUUUUCCAGGCCCGCAGACAAAUAACUAUGGGAUGGAAAAGUCCAGAGGCCCCGACUCACAAAGGUUGGUUGGAACAAAUGAAGCUCUAUAUUGAUAGGAUGCACUAUUUAUUCACCAAAAGAGCCUCCUCUGAAAAAUUUGACUUAAUAUGGGGAAACUGGCCCCCUUCCUAGUAGUUAUGUAGACACGAAGAGGCUCUUUACUCUCUAAAACCCCCAAUGUGAGAGGUUCCGUAUCACAGACUCCCAUUUUAUUUGAUUGAUGAUGUUUUAUUUUGUUGUAUCUGUUUCACACGUUAUAUGAACAAUAUCAGUGUGACAUGCGAUUGACAACAGGCUAAAUUAGUUUCGCAAACUGAAGGUACCUUACAAAGUGUGUAAUACCAUAAAUACAAUGUUGGUAUGUACUACUGUAUGUCAUGUUCAAUCUUUGCAAUAAAGGUUAUGAUGUUAA